GCGCGCCGGGAGGCAGCGGCGUUUCCUUCUCCAGGCAGGUGCCUCCCAGACAACUCCGGCUGGUGCCCGAGGCCUCAUCCUUCCCUUUCGGGAGGGAGGCGAGCGGCGUAAGCGUGCUUACCUGCCUGCCGCAACUGAGCAGCCGCGCCCUGGAGAAAACACGCCUCCGAGGUUCGUUUCCCUUCCUCCUCUUGAAACAGGAAAUCGCCUGACUCAGGAAAGGAAAGACUCCAGAAUAGUGACUACCCUCCCUUCUCCCAGGCAGCUUCCACCUCAGACGAGAAUUGAGAGGCGCGGUUUCUGCUUGGGUCGCUAUUCUAUCUCUCUUGGUGCGGUUACACGUUCCAGCGUCGCCUUCCAAGUGCCGGGCAAUUUUCCAAACGAAUAAUUUUCCACUUCAGGGAGCAGACACCAAUAUCCCCAUCUCCUUGUGAAUGGGAGUGUAGCUGUAACUUGACCCCAAGGCAUCUUAUAGGAAGUGCAUUAAGAAGACUGAAGCCAGACCUUCUUCCCCAGGGCCCAGGCAUGGAAGAGAUCAUAUGGGAACAGUAUACAGUGACCUUACAAAAGGACUCAAAGCGAGGAUUUGGCAUUGCAGUUUCUGGCGGCAGAGAUAACCCUCAUUUUGAAAAUGGUGAAACAUCCAUAAUUGUCUCUGAUGUCCUUGCAGGUGGCCCAGCUGAUGGAUUACUUCAAGAGAAUGACAGAGUGAUUAUGGUUAAUGGCACACCCAUGGAAAAUGUGGCCCAUGCAUUUGCUGUGCAGCAGCUAAGAAAAAGUGGGAAAGUGGCCGUCAUUGUUGUGAAAAGACCACGUAAGAUACAGGUCACUGCUGCUCAACGAAGCCCGUCCCUUGACUAUGGCUAUAAAGCUUUUGAAGCCGUGGAUGAUAAUGCAGAGUUUGAUGGUCGAAGCACUCGAAGUGGCUACAGUGAAAGGAGUUGGCAUAGUGGAAAUGCAGGCCGUAGCCAGAGCUGGGGAGACAAUCUUGACAGGGGCUACCGAAUGGCCCACAAUAGGGGGCGCAACCACAGCAGAGAACGCAGCUUCAGCCGGGAUCGAAGUCGGGGCCGGAGCAUGGAUAGAGAGAGAAGCUUGGACCGUGAAUACCAACAACCCCGAAGUAGAGGGAGGAGCGUUGAUAGAUAUGAUGCAUAUGAUUAUGGGUAUGAUGGUGGUCGGAGUCCACCAAGAGAUUAUGAUUGGCGAUCUCGUCCUGACCCUCAGCGUGGGAGGGAAGCAAAAAGUGGUAGCAAAGAUAGGCUGAGUACCCUCAGUCGCUCACCAGAAUCGCAAUGCCUAUAUGACUACAGAACACAGGAGAAGCCAACUGCACCCGUUAGUAUUCUUCUCACAAAAAGCAAAUCAAAUGAAGAAUAUGGCCUGCGACUUGGAAGUCAGAUUUUUAUCAAAGAAAUGACUAGUACCGGCCUGGCAACAAAGGAUGGCAAUUUGCACGAAGGGGACAUCAUUCUCAAAAUUAAUGGUACAGUGACGGAGAAUAUGUCCUUAUCAGAUGCUAGAAAACUGAUUGAGAAAUCAAGAGGAAAACUCCAAUUGGUUGUUAUGAGAGACAGAAAACAAACUCUGAUUAACAUUCCUUCCAUGCAUGACAGCGACUCAGAAAUAGAAGAUAUUUCAGAAAUAGAGUCAAACCGAUCUUGCUCACCUCAGGAUGAUAGAAGACUGCAUCACUCUGAUGUAGAGUGCCAUUCUUCAAAUGAAAAGCUAAAGGAGAAAUUGAGUGCAAAAGAAGACCCAGCUAGUAGACUUUCCAAAAUGGGAGCAAUGCCCACCCCUUUUAGAUCAACUGUUGAUUCCACAGCUGCUUUAAUACCAGAGACAAACAGUCAAGUGACAUACCAAGACGAUCCUCCAGUUGUACAUCCAAAACCAGCAUCAAGAAUAUUUCUUCAGCCAAGUCCUGAGGACCAAGCAAUAUAUGGUCCUGAUACAAAAAUGGUGAAGUUCAAAAAAGGAGAUAGCGUGGGUCUCCGGUUGGCUGGUGGGAAUGAUGUAGGAAUAUUUGUUGGUGGAAUUCAAGAAGGGACUUCAGCAGAACAGGAAGGCCUACAGGAGGGAGAUCAGAUUCUUAAGGUAAACAGUCAAGAUUUCAGAGGUAUCUUUCGAGAGGAUGCUGUUCUGUACCUACUAGAAAUUCCUAAAGGUGAUAUCGUGACAAUUUUGGCUCAAAGCAGAUAUGAUGUGUAUAGAGACAUAAUGGCUUGUGGUAGAGGGGAUUCUUUCUUCAUAAGGACCCACUUUGAAUGUGAAAAGGAAACACCACAGAGCUUGGCUUUCACCAGAGGCGAUGUCUUCCGAGUGGUUGAUACACUGUAUGAUGGGAAGCUAGGCCAUUGGCUGGCUGUGAGAAUUGAGAGUGAAUUAGAGAAAGGGUUAAUUCCGAAUAAAAGCAGGGCUGAACAGUUGGCCAGUGUUCAAAAUGCUCAGAGAGAUGGUUCCACUGAUAGGGCUGACUUCUGGCGGAUGCGUGGCCAGCGGUCAGGAAUGAAAAAGAAUCUCAAGAAGAGCCGAGAAGAUUUAACAGCGAUUGCAUCUGUUGGCACUAAAUUUCCAGCCUAUGAGAGAGUUAUGCUCCGGGAAGCUGGUUUUAGGAGGCCAGUGGUGAUAUUUGGUCCCAUUGCAGACAUAGCUAUGGAGAAGUUGUGUAAUGAGUUGCCAGAGCUAUAUCAAGCUGCCAAAACAGAACCAAGAGAUGCAGGUUCGGAGAAGUCCACUGGUGUAGUGCGUUUGAAUACUGUGAAGCAAAUUAUUGAGCAGAAUAAACAUGCUUUGUUGGAUGUGACUCCCAAAGCUGUGGAUCUGUUAAACUACACUCAGUGGUUUCCAAUUGUAGUGUUUUUCAACCCAGACAGCAAACAAGGUGUGAAAAUUAUGAGGCAACGGCUAAUUCCAACAUCCAACAAGAGCACACGGAAGCUUUAUGAUCAAGCAAAUAAGUUGAAGAAGACAUGUUUCCAUCUUUUUACAGCUACCAUUGAUCUAAAUUCAGCCAAUGAUGGAUGGUAUGGCAGUCUUAAAGAUACUAUUCAGCAACAACAAAAUGAAGCAGUGUGGGUUUCAGAAGGAAAGUUGGAGGGAAUGGAUGAUGACAUUGACGAUCGUAUGUCAUACUUAACUGCUAUGGGUGCUGACUAUCUGAGCUGUGAUAGUCGACUAAUCAGUGAUAUGGAAGACACGGAUGGGGAAGGUGGGGCUUAUACAGAUAAUGAACUUGAUGAGCCAUACUAUGAGCCAAGAGUCUCUUCUAUUAGUCGGUCCUCUGAACCUGUGCAACAGGAGGAGAGUGUGAGGAAAUUUAGCCCUGAACCAAAAACUCAGAUGAGAAAAGCUGGUAGCAGGGAAGUUCUGCGGGAUCCCAGUCCACCGCCAGCCUUCAAGCCUGAACCUCCAAAGGCUAAGCUGCAACACAAAGAAGAUCCAUAUGAUGUUCCUAAGAAUUAUGAACCCAGAACAAACAUCCCUAAUGCAGCUAGUACUGAAGUUUCUGGAAUACCAGCUAAAGUAGCUCCUCCCCCUAUAGCCAUCAAACCGACCUUUGGGCGGCCUGUAUUGAAGUCUUCUCAGCCAGUCAUUCCACCUGCUGAAGUGGAGGAAAAAGUGGGAGAAGUUGUAGAAGAGAACACACCAAAAUCUGUGCUGGGGAAAGUUAAAAUUUUUGAGAAAAUGGAUCACAAAGCAAGACUGCUAAGAAUGCAAGAACUGCAAGAAGCACAGAAUGCCAGGGUGGAAAUAGCACAAAAGCACCCAGACAUUUAUGCAGUCCCAAUCAAAACACAGAAGCCAGAACAGAACUGGUCCCAGACUGCCAGUUCCAGACCUCCGGAGCCUCAGAAGCCGCCUAGUGGUUCUUACCUAGAUAAUCAAGGAAUUUACAGCAGUGAUGCAGAGGAGGAAGAUUAUCGGAGACAGCUAUCUGAUCAAUCUAAGCGUGGAUACUAUGGACAGCCAUCUCGAUACAGAGAUACAGAAUUAUAGAAUUAUUAGCAAUUGUUCUGAGACACUUGCACAGCAAAAACCUUUGAUUCUUUUUAACAAGUAUAUGUAUAUUUGGGGUUAUCAAUGAACUUGAGAGGUAUCUGCUCACUGGAACGGCACAGUGUCACUUCAUUUAAGUAUGAAUCAUGGUUGCCUAUUUUACAAAAGGACCAAAAAACAUUCUUUUAAAGUUGGUAUUAAUCUAAAUUUUUAACUUGCAUUUCUUUUCCUCAUUAAAAUUGCCUUUUAAAUAUUCUUUUAACUGUUGGGCCUAAUGGAAGCUUGAUGAAAACUACAAUGCUUUAAUGCAAGAAAAAUAAGUGCCUUUCAAAUAAAAGUGUCUUCAGUUGUUCUCUUAACAUCUGAUAAGUGUGCAAAGCCAUGAAAUUUCUACUGCUUUUAACUUUUAUAUGUUUCUUAACUCCCAUUCCCCUUGGAUGUUAUUUUUCUACUUUAAAUAGAUCUGUACACAAUUUUCAUAAGCAAUUACUGUAUAUAUGAAACUGUUUUGUAGACUGACUGCCAUAAGGCAGGGAGUGCCAAGUUUAAGGAAAUUAUGUAGAAAACAAAUGAGUCUUUGGAUUUUAAAACUUUACAUCAGUCAUGAAAUAAAAAAGAUUAUAUUCUACAGAUAA